GACAGUCGUACUCUCCAGACUUCUAGCACAUUACAAAGGACAGGGAUUCUCGUUCACUUUAGUAGAAUGGCGUGUCAGAGUGCGGCCGGUAGUUACGCAGUUUACGUUAAUGUUUUGGCGUAGCAGAGGCCCAGGUGAAAGGAAGUGGUCCUACCGUGGACGAGUAGCCACCAAAUCGGGACAGCAAGAGUGACUGGAAGUGAGGAUAUCCAACGAAUGAUUUCAAGUCUUUUUAGCCAAGACGAUCAAUAGAAAAACAUACAUCAGAGCUGGAGGACCCAGUCACCAUCCCUGCCACUUUCUAUUUGUGUAGAGGUGUGUUUCCACCUAAAUGUGGGGGAACAUCAGAAGUUGAUUGAUAUAUUUUAUUAUGAAGCCCAGAUUAAGUGUUGUCUUCUUAUCCAGAAAGUUUCAGUUUUUACCUUGAACUUCUGAAAAGAUGAGGCUGAUGAAAUGAGAUAAAGUAGACGACUGGAGGAGCCCAGCCCCCUCACCUCCACCUCUUUGAAGCAUGGCAGGCCUACAGCUUGUCACCCCUGCCACUUCACCCAUGGGGCCUUUCUUUGGUCUGCCAUGGCAGCAGGAGGCUAUCCAUGAUAAUAUCUAUACGCCUAGGAAAUAUCAGGUAGAACUUCUUGAAGCAGCUCUUGAACAUAAUACUAUCGUCUGCUUAAAUACUGGCUCAGGGAAGACCUUUAUUGCAGUACUUCUAACAAAAGAGCUCUCCCACCAAAUCCGUGGACAUUACCAAGAAAAUGCGAAGAGGACAGUAUUUCUGGUGAACACAGCUUUGUGUGUAGUUCAGCAAGCAGCUGCAGUCAGGACUCACUCUGACCUCCAGGUGGGAGAGUACACAGAUUUGGAGGAGACCUCAGCAUGGACUGACCAAAAGUGGAAUCAAGAGAUAACCGAGAAUCAGGUGCUGGUCAUGACUUGCCACAUAUUCCUACAUGUUCUGAGGAAUAAAAUCUUACAGUUGUCUAAAAUCAACUUGGUGGUUUUUGAUGAUUGUCACCUGGCCAUCACAGACCACCCCUACUGUGAGAUAAUGAAGCUGUUUGAGGGCUGCUCAUGCAGUCCUCGUAUCCUGGGUCUCACAGCUUCCAUUCUGAAUGGAAAGUGUGACCCGUCAGAACUGGAGCAGAAGAUCCAGAAUCUGGAGAGAAUCCUGAAGAGCAACGCUGAAACUGCCACUGACCUUGUGGUCCUGGACAGAUACGCCUCUCAGCCAAGAGAAGUGGUGCUGGACUGUGGCCCCUACUUGGAUAAGAGUGGCCUCUCCUCUCGUCUGCAGGUGGAGCUAGAUGAAGCUCUCCACUUCCUGAAUGACUGCAACAUAUCUGUUGCCAGAGAUGACCGUGAUCCCACAUUCAUCUCCAAACAGGUCCUGAGUGACUGCCGGGCCGUGCUGCAGGUGCUGGGACCCUGGUGUGCAGAUAAGGUGGCAGGCAUCAUGGUGCGGGAGCUCCAGAAGUACAUCAAACACGAGCAGGAGGAGCUCAACCGCAAGUUUCUGCUAUUUACUGACACAAUCCUACGCAAAGUACAUGCCCUCUGCGAGGAGCACUUCUCCCCCGCUUCAUUGGACCUCAAGUUCGUCACCCCCAAGGUCCUCCGGCUGCUCGAGAUCCUGCACGAAUACAAGCCCUUCGAGCGGCAGCAGUUUGAAAGCGUGGAGUGGUACAACAACCGCAACCAGGACAACUAUGUGUCCUGGAGCGACUCUGAGGAUGAAGACGAGGAUGAGGAGGUGGAGGCCAAAGAGAGGCCUGAAGCCAACUUUCCCUCACCAUUCACCAACAUCCUGUGUGGGAUCAUCUUUGUGGAGAGACGUUACACAGCUGUUGUCCUCAAUCGUCUGAUCAAAGAGGCGGGAAAGCAGGACCCAGAGCUGGCUUACAUCAGCAGCAACUUCAUCACCGGCCACAGCAUCGGAAAAAACCAGCCACGGAACAAGCAGAUGGAGGUGGAGUUCAGGAAACAAGAGGAGGUUCUCCGCAAAUUCCGGGCUCAUGAAACUAACCUGCUGAUUGCCACCAGCAUCGUUGAGGAAGGCGUGGAUAUUCCAAAGUGUAACCUGGUGGUGCGGUUUGACCUGCCUACAGAGUACAGGUCCUACGUCCAGUCCAAAGGCAGAGCUCGGGCACCUGUCUCCAACUACAUCAUGCUGGCUGACAGUGAGAGGACCAAAGCCUUCGAGGAAGAUCUCACUACCUACAAGGCCAUAGAGAAGAUCUUAAGGAACAAGUGCUCCAAGUCAGUGGAGGUGAGUGAGUUUGAAGUGGAGCAGGUGCUGGACGAUGACAACAUCCUCCCACCCUAUGUGCUUCGAUCUGAGGAUGGAGGUCCCCGGGUAACCAUCAACACAGCUAUUGGACACAUUAACAGGUAUUGUGCUCGGCUGCCCAGUGACCCAUUCACCCACUUAGCACCUAAGUGUAAAACUGUGGAGACGCCGAACGGACGUUUCCAGUCCACACUCUAUUUACCUAUCAACUCCCCUCUGCGAGUCCCUGUUAAGGGUCCUGCAAUGAUCUGUGCCAGGCUGGCAGAGAAAGCAGUUGCACUAGUAUGCUGUGAGAAACUCCACAAAAUAGGUGAGCUGGAUGAUCAUCUGAUGCCGGUGGGGAAGGAGACAGUGAAGUAUGAGGAGGAGCUGGACCUUCAUGAUGAGGAGGAGACCAGCGUACCAGGCCGGCCCGGCUCUACUAAGAGGAGGCAGUGCUACCCUAAAGCCAUACCAGAGUGUCUGCGGGACAGUUACGCUGUACCAGAGCAGACUUACUACCUGUAUGUGAUUGGGAUGGUCCUCACCACCCCUCUCCCUGAUGAACUAAACUUCCGCAGAAGAAGGCUCUACCCACCGGAGGACACCACCAGGUGCUUCGGCAUCCUGACUGCCAAACCCAUACCUCGAAUCCCCCAUUUCCCGGUGUAUACUCGCUCGGGUGAGGUGACCAUCUCCAUCGAGCUGCAGAAGUCUGGCUUCACACUCACCGCUGCCCAGCUCGACCUCAUCACCCGCCUGCACCAGUAUAUCUUCUCCCAUAUCCUCCGCCUGGAGAAACCUGCACUGGAGUUCAAGCCCACACUGGCUGACUCGGCUUACUGCGUUCUACCUCUGAAUGUUGUUGGGGACUCCAACACACUAGCUAUGGACUUUAAGUUCAUGGAGGACAUUGAGAAGUCUGAGGCCCGCACUGGCAUUCCCACCACUCAGUACACCAAGCAGAACCCCUUCACCUUCAAGCUUGAGGACUACCAGGAUGCUGUCAUCAUUCCAAGGUAUCGUAACUUUGACCAGCCUCAUCGCUUCUAUGUCGCUGAUGUGUACACAGACCUGACGCCGCUCAGCAAGUUUCCUUCACCAGAGUAUGAGACAUUUGCAGAGUACUACAAAACCAAGUACAACCUGGACCUGUCGAACCUGAACCAGCCGCUUCUGGACGUAGACCACACCUCAUCCAGACUGAACCUGUUAACCCCUCGGCACCUGAACCAGAAGGGCAAAGCACUGCCACUCAGCAGUGCAGAAAAGAGGAAGGCCAAGUGGGAGAGUCUGCAGAACAAACAGAUCCUGGUUCCAGAGCUGUGUGCCAUCCACCCCAUCCCUGCCUCCCUGUGGAGGAAAGCAGUGUGUCUGCCCAGCAUCCUCUACCGCCUCCACUGCCUCCUGACCGCUGAGGAGCUCAGAGCCCAGACAGCCAGUGAAGCUGGAGUGGGAGCCCAGACCCUCCCCCCUGACUUCAGGUAUCCAAACCUAGACUUUGGCUGGAAGAGAUCUAUUGACAGCAAAACGUUCAUCUCCUGUCCUGAGUCCUGCAGCGAGGAUGGUGAGGGUCACUGUAAGCACCAAGAGACUGUAACCCCUGACCCCAAUUUCCCAACACAUCCCAGUAGUCACCACUCUACCCUGACGGAGCAGGGGCCCCUUGAGCCCGGAGAAGCCACCUGCACGAGGAACCUAACAAACGGCACUGCCCUAGUCGCCAGCUGUGAUGACGACGGACACCAAGAUGAGCACCUUCACCAACAUGACAAUUGCCAACGCUCCCAGUCCAGCUCCCCUGGGCUGCAGAGCCCUGAAUCAAUGCAAACCACUACCUCAGUUUCUGUGCAGCCCUCUCACAGCUUGAAGAAGCCCAGCUCCAGUCCUCCACAGCCUAGUGAUGAAUGUACACCAGGGAGGACCUCUGACCACACAAAUAAAGCUACCUCAGUCUGCAGCCGGGCAGCCAUGGGUCCCAACCCUUCCACAGCACCUUCUCCCGACCUUGCCGCUGUCCCCCAGCACAGAGCCCAGGCAGAAGACUCCCCCAAAAGCCUUGGGCCCAACCCGGGCCUCAUCCUACAGGCCUUGACACUAUCCAAUGCCAGCGACGGCUUCAACCUGGAGCGGCUGGAGAUGCUCGGAGACUCUUUCCUCAAGCAUGCCAUCACCACAUACCUGUUCUGUACCUACCCCGACGCUCACGAGGGACGACUCAGCUACAUGCGCAGCAAGAAGGUGAGCAACUGUAACCUCUACCGUCUGGGGAAGAAGAAGGGGCUCCCCAGCAGGAUGGUGGUGUCCAUCUUCGACCCCCCUGUUAACUGGCUGCCUCCUGGCUACAUGGUCAACCAGGACAAGAGCAGCACAGACAAACUGGAUUCAGAGGAGGCCAAAGAGGAGCUUCUGGCCAACGGGCAGUCUGGAAAUGACUACGAUGAGGACGAUGAGGAGGGUGAGGAGGUGGAUGAGGACAGUGAGCUAAUGUUGAAGGAUGAGCCAAAGGAUGAAGUCAACAUGGAGGACGAUCUGGAGUAUUACAAGGAGCACAUCAAAUUCAUUGACAACAUGUUGUUGGGAUCUGGUGCAUUUGGUAAGAAGAUCUCUCUGAGCGGCUUCCCUCCCUCUCUAACCCCAGCCUCGGGCUCCUCCCCUGCCAUGGAGUCUCCGUACGAGUGGAAAGCCCCUAAGAAGACCCUCCAUCCCACCACAGCCCACUACCCCUCAGAGCCAGCACCCAGCGGGCCCUCUGCCGAGGAGUUUGACUACAGCUCAUGGGACGCCAUGUGCUACCUGGAUCCCAGCAAGGCUGGAGAGGAGGACGACUUUGUGGUGGGUUUUUGGAAUCCGUCAGAAGAGAACUGUGGCGUCGAACUUGGCAAGCAGUCCAUCUCCUACGACCUGCAUACAGAGCAGUGCAUCGCCGACAAGAGCAUUGCUGACUGUGUGGAGGCUCUGCUGGGCUGCUACCUGACCAGCUGUGGAGAGAGAGCCGCUCAGAUGUUCCUCUGCUCACUGGGCCUCAAGGUGUUACCAUUGGAGAGAGGGACCCUGAAAGGAACAACGGUGCCAAGCCGUCAGAUCAUAGCCAUCGACCUGUGCUACGGCUGGCUGAAGAUCCCGCCCCGCUGCAUGCUGGACCAUCCAGAUGCAGAGCGAACUCUCAACCACCUCAUCUCUGGCUUCGAGAACUUUGAAAGAAAGAUCAACUACACCUUUCAGAACAAGGCUUACCUCCUGCAAGCCUUCACCCACGCUUCCUACCAUUACAACACCAUUACAGAUUGUUACCAGCGGCUGGAGUUCCUUGGUGAUGCAAUUCUAGACUACCUCAUAACAAAGCACCUUUAUGAAGACCCGCGGCAGCACUCUCCAGGCGUGCUGACCGACUUGCGCUCAGCACUCGUCAACAACACCAUCUUUGCCUCUCUGGCCGUCAAGUACGACUACCACAAGUACUUCAAGGCCAUCUCACCGGAGCUUUUCCACGUCAUUGACGACUUUGUGCAGUUUCAGUUGGAGAAGAAUGAGAUGCAAGGCAUGGACUCCGAGCUACGACGCUCUGAAGAAGACGAGGAGAAGGAGGAGGACAUUGAGGUCCCUAAAGCCAUGGGGGAUAUCUUUGAGUCACUAGCCGGAGCAAUUUACAUGGACAGCAGGAUGUCAUUGGAGACGGUGUGGCAAGUGUAUUAUCCAAUGAUGAGGCCACUUAUAGAGAAAUUCUCUGCCAAUGUGCCACGCUCUCCUGUGAGAGAGCUGCUCGAGAUGGAACCAGAAACUGCCAAGUUCAGCCCUGCAGAGAGAACGUAUGAUGGGAAAGUCCGGGUGACGGUGGAGGUCGUCGGUAAGGGCAAGUUUAAAGGAGUUGGCCGCAGCUACCGGAUCGCCAAGUCGGCGGCGGCACGAAGAGCUCUGCGCAGCCUCAAAGCCAAUCAACCUCAGGUCCAAAACAACUGAGCUCAGCAUUAGUACCUAAGCUAUAGACGCCUAACGGAGAAAAAGCAACGUCAGCUUCCCACCAUAACGCGAUGCUAGCCCUGUAUCGUCAGCCUGCAAUGGCACAACCAAGGCAGCCAGGGAAUACUGUGUGGGGACGCAACAAAAUAAACAGACUGAUCUCACAACAGAUUUCACAUUGGAUCUUUUACCUUUUUUUUUUUUUUUGCAAACACAAUCUUUACUUUCCCUCUCUGCUUUGUGUAAUCACAUGAGUGCUUUAUUAACAUUUAGCAAAGUGUUUAAAAAAGGUCAGGUCGCAAUGUCUAUUCCUCACAGUUUUUGAUUUUUGUUUUUUUGGUUAACCUCUGUCAGUGAGAUGAGGCUUAUGCUUAUUGUGUAGUAUUAGAUUGUACAUAGUUCAAUCAAAGGUGUAAAUCAAAGUAUGUAGGAAGUAAAAAAAAAAAAAAACGCUAAACUCCUCAGCCUGUGCACUAGUGCCAGUCAGUUUUAAAGCGUUUUUUUAAACGCUAAAGACAGACAUGGCUAACAGAUACCACUGGAGCAAUAGCCUGGUGUGACUUCUGUCUGAAAUCUGUCUUGAAAUGGUAUUCUUAAUCAUUUUUGCACUUAUUCCAUUAGGGUCUGUUACUUUGAGAAUUGUGUGGUCACGUUGACACCAAAAUCAUAUACGUAGCAAAGUAUAUAAGUAUAUAUAAAAAUAAUAAAAUACAUGAAUAAUAUUCUUGGCCUUAGAUGCUAAGGCUCACCCUCAUAUCCUGCAAAAUGGAUAGGAAUUUCAACAUUCCCAGUUACUGUAAUUUAAACUAGUUUUUAACCGCACUUGAGGUUGCAUGUUCUUGUAACUUAUGUAUAAACCAUGACAACUGGAUGGCUUCUAUAAAUGUUCUAAAUCUAUGGAUAUAUCUAGAGUGUGUGAGAGUGAGAUUAGAUGUUUAUGGCAUUAUCUUGAUGAUUUAGUUUAACAUGUUUUGAUACCAAGAAUGGAUGGGAUUGAAUUAGUCAUUCUUGCGCACUAAAUGUCUUUCCACGGAGCAAAUCAUCCAGUUUUGAUAUAAGAAGAGAAAGACAUAUCACAUGUUCAAUAUGCUGCAGACUUUUCUACAAAUUGGAUACUCGUGUAAGACACAGAAUCUUUUCAAAUACAGUCUUUGUGAAAAAGGCCAAUUCAUUUCAACACACUAGUGUUCCUCACAUCCCGUACCUACCAAAGCUAUAUCAGAUGUGAUACUAGGAGGUUGAAGUCAAUUCCUAGGGAUAAGGAUACCAGCCUUUUUUUUGUUUUGUUUUUUGUUUUCUGUUCCAACAAAUUUUGCUUCUCGCUAAAUGUAUUUUUUUUUCUCAUCAAUAAGCCCUUUUUUCACUUGAAUACCUCAGUUAAUUGCAUGCAUUUUCUUGUCUAUUUUUUUCUUUUUUGUUUGGUGCUAUGUUUUGUAUUAAGCUUGAAUUUCUCAUCUUUUUUGCACUGUAACUAUAAUACCUCUUUAUUUGACCUUUUUAAAAAAACAUAUUUUUUUUUUUUUUUUUGGAAAUCUGUUUGAUUUGGUUGUCUUGUUUGUCAGCCAUCAAGCUGUAGGGGAGAGCUGCAUUUUCGUCUCUUCCCCCUCCCAGACUUGAGGUUGACACUUGAUGAUUUGUUUGAGGGGUUUGGGACGGGGGCGGGGGGGCAGGAAGUGUAUUCUCUGCACAUAAGCCUAACUGUUUGUUUCCCCUCAUUCAUUAGCUAUUAAUUUCAUUAGUUGAGAAUCUGUUUUUGAAUUCUGGAUAAAAACAGAGGAUUGAUUGAUCAGAUGGGUAAAUGCUUGUAGAGGUAAUCAGACUGCACUCUUAAACUAAGGAUUUCUCUGACAUUUACUCCAAAACAUAGGCAGAGUGAAAAAUACUUAUAGACGUAUUUCUUCGAAACUAUUUUCGUGUAUAGGGUUGGAAGAGACAUAUACCUGUGUGGUUUCUAAACUGUGUUAGUAUAGCUAUCUGAAAUCAAAUUCAGAGUCAUGGAAUCCCACCCACAGUUGCUUCUACCUCAAGACGGUGCACUCAAUGUUCAUUUAUGGACAAGACUCCAAUUCAGUUCAGUAACGCUUUCUGACGGUGACAAGUCUUUUUACUGUUAUAACUAUACCGUCUACAUCACAUUAAGUAUACAACACACAGAUCUCUUUCACUGAGUCAACAUUCCCACACAGUAAUUUGUGUCUCAUGUCUUGAAUAGAAGCAGACGAAACUCAGUGCCUUCUCUGUGGGAGAUGAGUGACAGCAUAGACUGGAUUUAAAUUCAAUUACAAAGGGGAAGUUGUUAAAUUCAUUAAUCCAAAUUUUAGUUUGUAUAUACAACUAAAAUUUAAUGUGAUUUUGUUUUUACUUUUAAGUAAAUCACAUAUUUUCAACGAAAGACUUUAAACAAAGAUAGCAGAUCUUCUCUGACUCAUGCAGUUUGCAGAUCUACCCUACAAUAUAUAUAAAUAAUAAUCUGCCCAUUAAACCCAACCAGCCAUUUUAGGACCCAUAAAAAAGACUUCAACUGAACUGAAUCCACCAUCAACUGGGCUCGCAAAAUAGGGCCCGGAAUCCAAAAAGUAGUUACAGUGAAUCUUUCUGAUGCUUUGCCCAAGGCUGGAUUACCAACCAGGCAAAGCAAGCAGUUACCUGUCCCAUUGCCCAGACCCUCUGGGGGUCCAGCGGUUCCGGUUCACUAUGUGGCAAUGAGUUUGUGGUAAUAUGAUCAAUUGCAAAUUUAUUUUGUAAUACUUAAUGCAACAAUAAAGCACAGUAUAAACUAAAUUAACAGAGUGAUACCUGCAUUAUUAGUCAGGACCCCGUCUUGGCCAGUUGACUUCAUCGUUAGUGCAGGUUAACAGUGUUAAUAUUUCAGUGGCUGCAAUGCUCAUUAAGAGCAUGAAGAUAUAUUUUUGAAGGCCUAUAGUGAAAUUUACUGGGACUGGCUAACUCAGAAAAACUCAAUAGCCACUUUGGCUGAAUACAAAAUGCAACACUCAUUAACAGGCAAAACAGGCAUGAUGAAAACAGGGUCAAGUCAGUCAUUUACAACAAUGUGAUUAUCUGACAAGAGACUGUUCUCGAGUCCUGUUGGUUCCACAACACAAUUUAGCACAGGCCAGAGACCGCUAUCAAUUCAAGCUGAAACCAAUAUAGACAGCAAAGUUUAACCCAAGUCCCACUUUGGGUCAGGUUUUCGGGGUUCAGGUCAUCCUAAAAACCUCUAGUCAAGAGUGAAAUAAGAACAAAGCUUCAGCUAACCACUGAAACUACUACUACUACUUGUAGAAACAGCAGAAUGUCAUCUUUGGACUUUGUUGAGUAGGUUCAAGAAAAGCAUACAUUUAAAUCCACUCUGCUGGGACUAAUCUUUUAUUUGUGUCAUCUGCCAACAGCUGAGAAUUUCUCUGAUCUCUUGUUGGGUGGCAUACUUAGAUAUUCAUAUUUUCCCACAGAUAACCAUGUGAAAACUAAAAUAUGACUUUGUGAAAUCCUUCCGUUCAUGUUUAAAAUCUCAGUUACACCAUGAAACUAGUGCAUUUUUCUAUAAUCUGUCACUGUUAAAAAGAGUGCAAUCUGUCAUUAUUUCUCAAGCAGGUGUCUGACCCUCUAGUAUACCUAUGUAAACCCUUAAAUCUGGGCUGUGCUUUUUGAUUUCCCUGUUAGAGAGAUAUUGUCAGACUUAAGAUUUGGAGUGUAUCUGGCCCUCGAGUCACACACCUUCCAACACCUCAGUCUGUAGUGCACGCACACACAGCCAUUUAGAGUUUUCCUCUGGCUCAACACACUAAUUAUCUGUAAGUCUCCGGGUGGGACGGGGGGAGGGAUUACUAAAAAAGAAUGUGAAAUCACGCAUAUGGUGCCACACCCACUCUAUUUUUGUCUGUGACUGAUAAAAAUAGUGAUCACAAAUAAUCUUGUCAGCCACAAGUGGCAUCAAUAUCCAACAACCAUGUAUGUUUUUCUUUCUUUUUUUUAUUGAGGAGGAAGGUGUGUGUGUGGGAGUGCUGAAGUUGAGGUAGUCCUGUGUUAUUCAGAGUGGACUACAUUUUCUCAUACUGGCAGAUUUGUUUUUCUUUUCUUUUUGUACAUGUAGCACAAUUGAGCAUUGCACUUGGGCGCCAUACUUUACCUCAUGUCAGAGUGUGAAAGGGAGUGAAAGAUGGAGGGAAAAAAGAAGUGUAUAUAUGAUGCCGUAAUGUUAAGAGAACUAACUUGUGGUUCAGGCUUUGCUGCUGUUUCAAUUGCUGGUAUUAUACAAACCUGUUUAAAAAGAGAAUAAGGGGCUAUGGGAGGGGAGACAAAUACACUGUAAAAAGAAUCUCUGCAGUUUGGGGCUAAAAUAUCUGGACGUAAUGUACACUGACGUCCUGCCUUAAAGGGUGGGGUAUGUGAUUUUGGAGAAAUCCAAUACCAUGACAAAUACCAUGAUAUAGAGCCAACAACGACACAGCGAGUAAUGUAACUAACGUUAGCUAGGUUGUGGGUUAGCAAACUGUCCCUACAGCUGCUGCUGUGAAGCUAACAGCCAGAGAGGACGAGACGGUUUCCCAGAGCCAGCACAGCAGCUCCAGACAGCGACGCUCACAACUCUCCUGCUGCUACAGCUAACAUCACAACAACAGCAGAUCUGGGCGAACUAGAAAGUCAGCUGAACGUCCGUGGGCAAGUGAUUUAACGUCACCUGACACACAAAUCAUGGCUGGAAUAGUGCUGUUUGUUUGUUUAUUUCCCAUUUCCAGAGCCAGGGCUGUGUACAAACACCAGAUUUAUUUUUUCAGCACACACUGAAUGGACAGCUAGUGGACCGCGAGGAGAUAUUCACUGAAUUUGACAAAAAGACGUUUAUUGGAUUAGAAUCGCAUACCCCACCUUUAACAAGCUGUUUGGAUUGUGAGUCAAAACUACCACGUCCAAUCAUGACUUGAAUGAUGAACUGACUGAUAACUCUCUUCUGACUACUUUGAUAUAUACAUGUCAUCCCAGCGAUGCUCCCAGCCUCUUUUCUACUCCUGUAGUGUGUUAGUUUGGAAUACAAGACAAACCUCCCCUAGCCCUUUAUUGGGAACUUAAAGGAAAAAUCCACUCAAACUUGUUCCUGUGCUUUUGGAUAAAUCAUAGACCAUAAUGCAGUGUUCACACUUGUCUUUAACAUGCCCAGUCUACUUAUACACCAGUUUGUGAAUUCCUGUGAACUGGGACUGCCACUUGUUUUUUUUUUGUUUUUUCAAUUAAAGAUAGUAUUCAAAAUCUCAGUGUGUAAGUGCAACAGGCUGUGCCUUGUUCUCCAGCAGGGAGCGUUUGUAAAACAAAAAAAAAGACUUUUUGCUGCCCUUUAAAAAUGCAACUGCCUUACAGUAGCUUGUCACUCAAGUGAGCAAGCGCAGUUUAAGAUUAGGUUGUGUGGGUUGUGAUUGAAUAAUUUCUAACGAAUUACCCAUUAUUUUAAAUUUGCAGAAAUUCUUUUCCCCUAUUGACAGCCUUAAUGUGUGUUUCUUUUUAUCAGAAUUGGGCAUAAAACCAGUUAGACAAAACAGAUAAUCAAGGCUGUAAAAACUGCAGCUGAGAUUUGUAGUUCAACACCCAAUCUAACACCCUAUCCUUUGUGGUCUUAAGUAUCCCCAAGUCCCUUGUGCACUAAGUUUUAGAGUGGACAAGAACUUGCAGGUUCAGCUUACCAGCCUUCAGUCCUUUGAAGGCCACACCUUUGGAGGCUGCAUCCUUUGAGAUUGGAGGCUUCUGAAAUGGAACACAGCUAGAGAUGGUAAAGAAAUAGCUUUAUCUGCCUCUUUGACAAGAGUUUUACUUGGUGUUUUUUGAUAAAAAUGGCGCCUCUAGAAGGAAGCCUUCUGCGCUUUGAUUCUGGACUGAAACAUUUGCCUUUGAUGUUUUAUAUUGCUUAAUUUUGCCUGCCUGUAAAAAGUAUUCAUGCUGCUUGGACUUAAUCAUGUUUCAUUUUAAUUUAACAUUGAAUCGCUGUGAAUGUAAUUUGGACUUUUUGACCCUAAUCAACAGAAAAAAAUGUUUUGUCAAAGUGCAAAUUGUUCAUCUCCCUCAAGUCAAUAUUUAGCAGAGGAACCUUUGGCCUCAGUUACAGUCUUGAGUUUAUAUGGAUCAGUCCGUAUCAGCUUUGAACAUGUAAACACUGCAGUUGUAGUUGUUCGUCUGUAGAAAACUGCUAGUUACUACUCUAGCUCUGUAAAAUUGCACGGGGACUUUAGGUGUGUUUGUGGUUAUGUAAUAUGAUGGCCAAAAGGUCAAUUUUGGUUUCAUCACAUUAUGUGAGCCAUGAAGCCCUGUAGCUCCACAGACUUCUUGUUGGCCUCCUGGACUUGUGGUCUUCUCUUACAGACAGUUUUUAACAAGAGCCUGCUUGAGGCAGAUUUACAGCUUUAUUUUCUUCAGGUCAGUCAUAAAAAAAAAAAAUCUAACUGUACUGAGGGAUUUCUUGUAUCUUUCCCCUGGUUGUACUUCUCAAUAACCUUUUCACAAAUUUGUUUAGAAUCUUUUCUUGCAGCGUCUUAUCCCUGAUCCUAAUACGUAUCACAGUCCUGCAUCACUAUCUCCCUGAACACUCACUAAGCAAACUCAAGGGGUCACAAGCCAAAAAGGUUGGGAACCACUGGUUGAAUCUUUAACAAUGUCUUAUAACUUGUCCUAAGUUUGUCAUAUGUUUUUCAUGUAAAAUCUUAAAAGAUAAAAGUAAAAGUAACUAGUAACUACAACUGUCAGACAAAUGUAGUGGAGUAAAAAGUACAAUAUUUCCUCUGAAGUGAAGUAGAAGUCUAGAGUACCAUAAAAUGGAAAUACCAAGUAAAAUAAGAGAACCUCAAAAUUUUAUUUGUAAUUGUACUUGGUUGCUUUCCACCACUGCCCUUCUUAUAUGAUGGAAAAAAUGACAUCAGGCUGAUGCAAAGUAACAAAAAAGGAUUCCCCAGACCAAGAAAGGUCUCUUCUGAUAAUAAUUAAUACAAAUCAUAUGAAAUCAAAGACGGUGAAGGAUUUGUUCUUGCUGGUGGCCAGAAACUAUAUAAAGAAGACCACUGCUUUAUGUGGUACUUCAACACUAUAAUAUAUCCAGUUUGUAUUGACUGCAGUAAGAGACCUUUCUUGUUCCGACACAAUCAUGUUUUGUUUUUUUACUUUGUACUCGCCUACUUUAGCAAAGACGAUUUCCGACCAUGUGGUGAGUUUAUUUUGAACAUUCUUCCUGUCUGAGUUCUAAGAGACCGUGAUGCAGGAUCGUGACACUUAGUAUGACUGUCCUUGAUCAGGGCUAGCAACUUCUACAGUGGGCUGCACCUGUGAUGCUUUAGCUUUCAACGCAACCGGUUGUCUGUUUUUAUAUGUUUUUAAUUUAAAUCAAUAUGACUCUGUAUUUGACUUUUAAAGUUUUUUUCUCAAUCAUUGUUAAUCCUAAUCCUGAUUACAUCCACAGUGAUUCAAAAGUCCUUGGAGUGCUUUUACUUUUUAUUGAAACUGUAUCUGGAUGUGAUGUCAUGUCAUCUACAUGUGGCCACGUAUUCACAGGCAUUAGAAAAAGAAAUGCACCACCAAACAAGAAAAUGAACCCUGAUUGCCAGUAUGUUUUCCAACAGUAUUAGUGUUUGGGGUGGAUUUUUCCUUUAAGGUCCUUGGUAAAGCGUGAUCAAUUUUAACAGAGAACUGAAAUGCCUUUUGAUAAACAGUGAAAGUGGGGUGGGGGGAGAACUCUUUUGGCAGCAAGAUAUUGGUCUCAUAAAACCAGCAUAGAGUACCAAUGAUGACUGUUUUUAAUUUUUUUUGGGGGGGGGGGGCAGAAAACCAGCAGAGUGGAGCUAACGGAUCGAGGGAUGAACUGUUAUCAGUAUGGGGAAUUAUGGGCCAUCACAACCUGCAGCAAAUGUUUAAGGGACAUUGAAAUAGAAGAUGAACUCCUCACUCAUACUGUAAUACCGUGCUGCAGUGGUUUGCGGUCUGCACCUUAUGGAUCACAAAUACCUUUAAAUUUUCUUUUUUUGAUUUUUUUUUUUUUUUUUUUAAUAUAAUUGUAGCCCAGUAUAUCUACAAUAAAAGUAAUGGUAUGGUCAUUCA